AUGAACGACGUUGACGCGUUAAGUAGAGCGCCAGUUAAAGAAUCACAUGAGAUGGAGACAGCAUCCCUGAAGAUCUCAAAAACAAUCAUAGAUGAAGCUGACUGGUUAUUUGCAAUACAACUACAAGACGAGAAAAUCCAGAAAAUAAUUGCUGAUAUGAGGGCCGAGAAGAAAUCUGAAAAUGACGAAUAUGUAAUCGAGCAAGAUUGCCUGUAUCGCAAAUAUGACGGCAAGAUGCUUUGGGUUGUGCCGAAGCAGUUGAGAUUCCAUAUCCUCCACGAAUGCCACGAUAAAGCCGGACACAUGAGCACAGAUAAAACCAUCAGUCGGAUUUUGAAUCGGUUUUGGUUUCCCCGAAUGCGUAAUUUUGUAAAAAGCUAUAUCAAGUCCUCUGUCGGCUGCGUAAUGUAUAAAAUACCAGGUGGACGCCAGGAAGGACCGUUUCCGAAAAGUUCAAAGCGAAAUGAACAUAUUUUAGUCCUUGUCGACGCUUUCACCAAGUUCACCAUAGUAGCAGUAAAAAUUACAGCAACAAAACACGUCCUAGAUGCCCUACAAGAAGUCACCAGCUACGUUGGAAUGCCAGAUAGAAUUGUUACCGAUCGAGGUACCGCAUUCACGUCCAAAGAUUGUAAGUCGAACAAUGUGAAGCAUAUACUCAACGCCGUGAGAACACCAAGAACCAGCGGUCAUGCAAGAAGGACAAAUUGAAUUAUUGUGUCAAUGCAUUUGCCUUCAAUGAAAACGAGAAACGUUGGGACGAAAUGCUGCGAUCAAUCAAGUGGAGCAUUAAUACCAUGGUAAAUAGCACUACUAAAUGGCUCCCCAUUCCAGCUUUUAUAUGGUUAUGAGCCUCAAAAUGUCCUUAAAAACACGAUGACAAGCGUGAUCCAGAAUCAAGACCAAGGCACGAUGACUGAUGCCGAAUUAAAGAAGCUCCGAGCUGACUCUGCGACCACUGUUAACGGCCACAGAGCAGUUGCCAACAAGAGAGAACGCUAUAGUCGAGUUUCCCGACUAUCUGAUACCCGU